GUACAAAACUUCGAUAACAGCCUCAACGGUGGCCUCCAAUUCGCCCUCCAAGCCGAGCAAUUGUCACACACGAUACAGGCCAACAUGGCGGAAUCCCAAGCACGUGCGGCACGCCAGCGAGGCAACAAACGUGUCCUCCGGUCCGAAAUGGGAUACAUUACAUCACAGCAAGCCAGAUCUAUGAUAAAGGUGCGUACGGAGCGCGAGAAACAGGCCGAAUUGGACAAAUGGGUUAGGGGCUGGAAGCCACGCCAAAUCAACCACCGGAAGGCGUUCAAGGACAUACAUGUAGAAUUUUGGCGCUUAAUCGGGGGCAUGAGGCAUGAUCCUACGUGGCGAUGUCGAUUUGGAGAUGAAUAGUAGUGCUGGUGGUGGAAAUUUGGUAUCUACAAACUUCAUAGCACGGA